AUGGUAUAUGACAUGAUGGCGGGUAUACGCAUCACAUACAGCCGCUUGAGAGUCGGCGAGGACGGCGCGCGUGAGGGUUUGCCGGACCUACGCCCCAGCAAGUGUGAGCGAGAAGAUGCGUUCGGGCCCGUGCAGCGUGCAGCCACGACCGCAACCGCGACCGCCCACGGCAUGCUCGCUCACGUUGCUGCGUCGGCGCACGAGUAG